CUUGGCUCUCCUUACUCAAUGCUAAUGUUCGAUCUCUCGGCACCAGAAGCUGUCAGUAUUAACGCUAUGUCUCAAGCAAUACAAGGGAUAGCAGCAGCAGUUAUACUUCUUCCGUUUUUGUUCCUAGACAUCGGAAAACGACUCAAGCAGCGCACAGUGAAUAUCGCUUGUGUGCUUGGCUUCAUCGCGUUUCAUCUGAUCACCUAUCCAUGGGAUUUUGGGCAGUCAAAUGUUACAGCGCAUCAGCAAGACUCACCCGAAGGUGGAUGUGAUGCUGGCAGGUUUGAUUGGUGUUCAACAACUCCCAAAGUUAAUAAAUGGGUAUACUAUGGCUCUCUAUGCCUGGUAUUCGAGGUCACUUGUGAAUUCCGUAAAAAUUCUAUUAAGGGCACGAUGCAAGGCAUUUUCCAAAUGUCUGGAUCUGUGGCGCGAAUGGCAGCACCUAUAUUGCUAAAGUCAGUGUUUUUCUCUCGCAAACAAAAACAUUUUAUACAUACAAGGGAUUUUAGUCUCGUCUAUUCACAUUUUGGACCGCGAGGUGUUUGGCAAGUGGAAAUUGCUCAAUUUGCCUUCACACUCGCCUUGUGGCUACUAUUCCUCCCUCGCCUAGUUCCACUGGAGAAAUUACAUCGACCGAAAGACAUCAAGCAGAAGGAUAGCGCUUGA